AUGAGGAAACGAUUCUGACGUGCGCAGAAAAAAAUCUUCCUGAAUCAGCACGAACAAUGAAAAAUGUAAAGGUAUAAAAGAUUGAGGGUUGUCGGGAGAAUCACUUUGGGUUAAUUGUGGAACUUGAGGAGAAGUCUAGAUUUCUCACGGACGUCCUAAAACAGCCAAUAAAGUUCCAUGACGGUCACAUUUAAUCAGUCUUUCUAUAGAUAUAAAGGUGCAUGAUAGAGUAGAAAGCCGCAGUUCAAGAUCGCGCGCAGAGCAUCAUGAGAGACGCUGUGCUCAUGUUCAUUGCUAUUGAGUUGUUGUUCUGCUUCUUGGAAGUCAAAUGCGGUCAAGGAUGGCGCUUUCCCGACGACAGGAAAACAAUCAAAGACUUGGAGAAGUCAUCUGAGACUGAAGAUAAGUCUUAUGGCUAUAGAAUAAUCAUCCCAGAUCUACCAACAACUUCUGCAUCUGCUAAAUCAACAGUUGAUGCAGAAUCAUCAAAAUCCACUACCAGCAGUUCAAUGAUGUCCUCAACAACAUUGAGUACAAUUGAGUCUUCAACAAUCACUUCUUCAGUGUCACCAUUGACAACAACUUCUGCAACCACAAGCAAAGUGUCUUCAACGACAUCAAGUUCAACAACUGAGUCUUCAACAACCACUUCUUCAGUGUCUCCAUCGACAACAACAACUUCCACAGCAACGAGCACAAGUACCCCAAAGACUUCAAGUACAACAACUACUUCUUCUCCAGCGACAACAACAACAAUUACAUCUGAGCCUUCGCCACUGACUUCUCCAAUGUCUUCAACCACAACAACUUCUUCAACUACAAGUACUACCUCUUCAACGACAUCGGGACCCUUCUUUUUGUCUCUACCAAGUGCAGUGGAUGAGAGAGAUUCCAUCAUCUUCCCUUCGGAUGAGCGGCCAAUGUAUCAACACGGUCCUGGCAUUCGCUCAAGAAGUGAGCUCAGCCACUUCAGAGGUCGCAACACACACUGGCGCGCCCACAACGACGCUAGAUUCCAUUCGCGAGACGACCAGAAGCCAUGGACGCCCAGGCCGGUGCAGCAGGAGCAGCCCAACACGAGUGGCGUUGGUCUCAUAGAUCCCAGAAGUCUCAACUUUGUCGAUGAGGAAGAGCCGGACAAGUCCAGGGACAAGUGCGAAUGCAGAUGUCCUGAUCCGAACACCUUCAGGCCGCCGAGAUAUCAAGAAGAUCCCUAUUCUCCUUAUGCACACGAGUACGGUAAUCGUCGGCGCAUGCACCAUUUCCAUCACUCUCCACAUUUGUACUGAUAA